AAAUUAAAAAACAAAAAAAGCUGUUGCAGCCAGCUGAGAGGGGAAAAUCCCGCAUAGUAAACUGUUGGUGUGUGCAUCUCUUACCGAUUCUAUCCAUGCAGCGAUCUCAACUUUGUUACGUUAGUGAGUUCGUCGUUGAGGGUUACUGACUGGACUAACUUCCCAAUAUGGACAACCUUCCUUAGUAAAACUCCCGGAGUAGCAUCGAUGUCAUAGUAUGGUCUAUGCUUGUGGCUGUGGUGUUGUUUUUCUCUUGUGAUGCCGCUUGCCCUUUUUUGAGUUUCUUUUCUUUUUAAUUUAUUUUUUUUCCCCCUUACCUUUUUGUCAUUUCCUCUUGGAGACCCUCUACUCACGUAUAAAUUCAACCGUCACCCAUCCACCAUGCUCGUCGAUCCGCUCAUACUCCUCAAGGAAUGCUCAUCGACGGUGAAAAGUGGGCUUGUGAAGCUUGCGUCCGCGGACACCGUGUGACGACUUGUAAACAUCAUGAUCGACCGCUAAUCCGCAUCAACCGGAAGGGUCGACCUUUCUCCACCUGCUCCGUAUGCAACAACACUCCCUGCCCAACACCAGAAGAGCAUACCAAGCUCAAACGCGAGGCCGAGGCCAAAUCCUCUUCAAAAAGAGGUGCCGCCAGAGUCUCUUCGCGUUCGAAUUCUGUCUUAGUUCCCAUUGCACCGAGACCGUCGUCGAAUUCGCCGAGCCCCCAGAGUCGUCCCCAGAUCAUGACUGGUUCGAGUCCCGUCGUGUCUGCGCCAUCGCAGCAGCAGCAAUCGCAGCACCAACAGCAGCCGUUUCAUCUGGAACAGCACCCGUCGUUUGCGCGUUCGAGUAUGGCCCUGCCGUUUACGGGUGGCGAGUUUGUGACGCCGGCGCUGUGCUCAAUGGGUGAUGUGCCUGUGUCAUUGUCGAUGAUUAGUCCGUUAGAUGCAGAUCCGACGGGGCGGUUGUUGUUUGGGGAGGGGCCAUUUGGGGAUGGCGGGUUCUCGUUGGAGGAUUUGGAUGUUGGGGCGUUGGAGAGGGAGGUUCUUCAGGAGGAUUGGUCAUGGUUGUCCGAGGAUGCGCUCUGACAUUUGUGGUGGGGUGGGAUGCGUAGGGAUGGGCAUUAAAAGGAUUUACGACGAUGAUGACGAUGAUGAGUGACGAUCUUGUGAUUUUACCUUUGGGUGGGUUCUUCCUUCUUUCUUGGAUUUAGCUUGUAUGCUUAAAGGGGGGUAUUACAUUCUGUCAUGCAUAUAUGUUCAUGUCAGUGCCAUAGACCAUAUGGUCAAGUACAUAUGUCUGCGAUAAUGAGACCAAUGCUAUGCUCAUUGAAAAAAAAAAAAAAAAAAAAAA